UGUCAACUCAAGUAGUGUUAUCGCAGGCGGCAAAGGAUGCUUGGGCACCCAUAAACUGGUGUCUGUCUGUCUGCAGAUUGUCAACCUUUCUCAGUGGGUCUGGACGAGAGAAAAGACUCCAUUAUGGCCCGCUCAUUACGUCUUCUCUCCCUCUACGUCAUCUUCCUGCCAGAGCUUGUCGUCGGCUUCAACCUCACCAUCCUCCACACCAACGACAUCCACGCAAGAUUCGAGCAGACCAACAAGUAUAGUGGUCAGUGUCCGGCCGACGAUGUGGCAGAAGGGAAAUGUUUCGGUGGGACAGCGAGACUGGUGACCAAGGUCCGAGAACAGCGUGACCUCCAUCCCAACACAAUCCUCCUGUCUGCAGGGGACGAGUUCUCGGGGACGUUGUGGUUCUACAAGUACCGCGGUGCUGUUGUGGCCAGAUUCAUGAACCUGUUGCAGUAUGACGUCAUGACUCUAGGAAAUCACGAGUUUGACCUUGGCAUUGAGGGACUGACACUCUUCCUCAACGACGUCAACUUCACCGUUGCCAGCGCCAACAUUGAUGCUACACGAGAGCCGUUGGUGAAUGACAAGUUGGUGAAACACACGGUGCUGACGGUCGAGGGAGAACGAAUCGGGGUCAUUGGGUACACAUCCAGAGAGACACAAUUAAUUUCGUCAACAGGUAGAAACCUGCGAUUCCAGGAUGAGGUUGUAGCUGUCCAGAGAGAGGCUGACAUCCUGACGUCGCAGGGCAUUAACAAGAUCAUUGCUCUCGGCCACUCGGGGUUCACCAUUGAUAAAAGGAUAGCGGCGGAGGUCAGAAAUCUUGAUGUGGUGGUCGGGGGUCACACCAACACCUUCCUCUACACAGGACAGCAACCCUCCAUUGAGGAACCGGAAGGAGAGUAUCCUCAUGUGGUAACCCAGCCCGGAGGGGCCAAGGUGCUCGUGGUUCAGGACUACAGAUACGGGAAGUACCUUGGAUCUCUGGAAGUUACCUUUGACCCGGAAGGUGUCAUCACGUCAUGGGGAGGUAACCCAAUCCUACUGGACAACAACACAGCACAAGACGAGAUGACCCUACAGCUGAUGCAGCCGUACAAAGAGGGCGUGGCCAACGAGUCAGGCGCGGUGGUGGCCAAGAGUCUAGUGCAGCUGGACGGGGAAAGUCUUCGUGUAGGGUCAAAGAGUGCAAUCUUGGUAACCUGAUAGCUGAUGGCAUGGUGCACCAAAACCUGAAGCACAGCGACUCUCUGGAAUGGAACCACGUGGCCAUCGCCUUCAUGCACGGAGGCGGCAUCCGGGCGUCUAUCCCGCCAGGUGACGUCACAAUGGGAG